GUACCUUGGUGGGGGUGUUGGUGCGGGAUUCCCAAAAAAGGCUAGACAGCGGCUAGAGGUCUUUGCGAAAGAGGGUCUAAAAACCGCUUGAUAGGGCCUUAAUUACAAGUUUUGCAGCUCUUCGCAGUCGCCCCUUAGUGAGGGCCCUCCGCCAGUGGAAGAUCGUCCGUGGGGGCGACCGCCGCGAGCAUGCGCAUGGGCACUGCGGCGGGCGAGUGCGGAGAUCUGGUGCGGGGACGCGGGGCGGCGCGAAGAGGUGCUCUCUGCCGCCCCGCGCCCCCAUGUACGCCUUUUACUCUCUGCUCAUCUACAUCUUCUACAGUCUUUUCCGCAGGGAUGGCGGGGCUGCGGCGGUCUCGGACCCCGGGGAUCCCACCCAGAAAAGCGGCGGCCAGCCUAGGGGUCGUCGCCGUCCGGAUCAAUUCACAUCAGAACUGUGGUCCGAGCUGAACAGCCUGGCUGGCUGCUCAGAAUCUGAGGAUGGCCAGAAAGGAGCGGAGGGUGGAGCAGCUGAGGUGUCCCUGGAAGAGGCACUCAUGCGUCUUGCUGAGUUCCUCUCCGUCCAGUUGGGGGCAGAAGAGAGCUGCGGGACGACUCCUGACCUGGGCAAGCCUGGUGAAGUCCCCCCACUGUUGACAGUAACAAGUCAGCUCUUGGCCCUACUGGCAUGGACACGGAGCCCCCGGGGAAGGCAGGCCCUGCUCCAGGGGACUCAGCCAACCUGCCCCAUGCAGCCCUCCACUCUAGAUGGGUCUCUAUCACAAGAAGAAAGUUCCUCUCAGCCCACUCCCAUCCUGGAUGAGGUACCAAGUGAUGAGACCCAGGAACAUCAGCCUCUCCAGGUGGAGGAAGAACAGAGAGUUUGGCAGCGGUUGGAACAGCUCAUUGUUGGACAGCUGGAAGAGCUGAGACAACAGCUGGAGCAACAGGAAGAAGAGCUGAGUAGACUUCGUCUGGGAGUGGGGGUGACAGAUUCAGAGAAGAGAGUCCAGCACCUCACAUUGGAGAACGAAGCCUUGAAACAGAGCUUGAGCCUUACUCGGGACCUCCUGCUACACUGGGGGCCUGGACCACUCCCCAGACUUUCCCAGGAGGAGGCAGGGGCACUGCUGGAGCUGCAGGGCCAGCUUCAAGAGGCCCAGGACACCACAGAAGCUCUCCGAGUCCAGCUGGGGGCCCAGGAGCUGCAGCUGCAGGGCCUUCGAGGGGCCCUCCGGCAGCUCCAGCAGGAGACAGAGCAGAACUGCAGACAGGAGCUGCAGCAAGUUCACGGACAGCUGGCAGGACUUCGGGCACGGAUGGCCAGCCUUCGUCAGGGCUGUGGGGACCUCCGAGGACUGGUCAGCACCUUUACCCAGAGUUGCCAGGGCUCGCUGAGUGAGGCUCAGGGCCAGGUUUCCUGGGCCCUUGGAGCUCUGUCAGCUGGAAAGGCUAAGACUCAACUUCCAGAAGAGCACCAAGCACCUGCAACUGGAUGCUCAGGGCGGCUUUUGGAACUCAAGGGGAAUAUUCGCGUCCUGUGUCGGCUGAGACCAGCUGAAGGGCAGCCUUCCAGCCUGGUGAGCGUGGAGCCCGGACAAGGGGGAACCAUCACCACACGUUACCGAGGACGCCAGCAUCGCUUUCGCCUGGACUGGGUCUUUCCUCAAGAUGCCAGCCAGGAGGAGGUCUUCAGGCAGCUGGAGCCAGCUGUGUUGUCCUGCCUCCAGGGGUACAGUGUCUGCAUCUUCACUUAUGGUCAGACUGGGACAGGGAAAACCUACAGCAUGGAGGGCCCACCUGAGGACCCUGGCAUAGCUCCUAGGGCACUGCAGUUGCUGUUCCGGGAGAUGGGGACUGGAGGGCACCACCAAGUGACCCUCAGUAUGGUGGAGAUCUACAACGAGGCAGUCAGGGACCUCCUAGCUACAGGGCCUCCAGAGCGCCUGGUAGUAAGGCAGGGACCUGCAGGGCAGGGGGGAAUUCAGGUGGCCGGCCUUACACACUGGGACGUACCUAACCUGGAAACCCUGCACCAGAUGCUGAGUCUGGGGAGAAACAACCGAGCUACAGCAGCCACUGUCAUGAACCAGCACAGCUCACGCUCCCACGCCCUAGUUACGCUGACUUUACGUGCAGCGUCUCCGCCUCGGGCCCAGGGUAUCACAGGCACACUGCACCUGGUGGAUCUGGCAGGGUCUGAACGGGUGUGGAAAGCAGGGGUAGCCAGCCCGGUCCAGAGAGACCCAAAUGGCGCCCGGCGUCUGCGUGAGGCCCAGGCAAUCAACCGCUCCUUGCUGGCACUAGGAGGAGUGAUGGCCGCUCUGCGAGCUCGGAGGCCUCAUGUGCCCUUCCGCGACUCACAGCUUACGCGCCUGUUACAGCCGGCGCUCUGCGCAGGCACCACUGCAAUUCUGCUGCUGCAGAUCUCCACAAGGGCGGAAGAUCUCGGGGAGACCAUCUGCUCGCUCAAGUUCGCCGAGCGAGUGGGUCAAGUGGAACUGGGGCCUGCCCGACGCCGUAGAGCCCCGCGCUCUGGAACCCCUUCUUCUCUCAGUACUGACACCCCACUCACUGGAACUUCCUGCACCCCUACACCAUCUCCCGGAAGCCCUCCCAGUACCAGCCCUAACAGCUAUUCUGGCUUGACUCUUGAACCUCCAGGGGACCUGCCUCCCUAGAUCUGGGUCAAAGCCCCUGGUACUGGGCUUGAGAACAACCUCUGCUGGCAGAGGCAGCUGUGAAUCCUAUACCCCACUUCCCAGGUCAACCUUUAAAAAACAAAAACUCUGGGGCCCUAACUGCCCCCAACAGAGCCCUACAGUGUCCCCCUUCCUCUUCUAGAUCUGGCCAGAGAAUGUUGUGCUUUGAGAAAGGAUCGCCUCCACCCUUCCACCCCCAGCUGAGUCACAGGCCCUUAGUUCCCCCCCCCCUUAUCACCAUUUGCCCUUAUCACAGCACACAGCAGGGGGCCAGAGCUGCAGGAACCAGACCCCAGACCAAGUGGUUUCCCAAGUCGCCACCCUGCCCCCAAUACCAGACUUGGAAUUAAAAUGUUGUAAAUUCCUUUACUGUUAAUCGCUCCCCUACUUCCAUUACACCAAAAUCAUGUCCGUUCCAGUCUUUCAUUUCUUAACCCUUUCCCUGAAAGGUGCUACCUUCUACCCAGGCAGUUGAGAGGGGGCAAGACUUCAGAUCGGACCCACUUUUGGCUCUCCCUCCCCCCAGCCUGGAGCCAGGAAGGCAUGGUGACAGAGGGAUGGAUAGAUGGAUGAUGGCUUGAGGGCCUGAGAAGGUAGGAUCAAGAGGAGGCACUCUCCAGGCUGAGCUCCGCUCCCUGCAAGAUUGGCCAGACCUCCCUAUCUAGCAGAGACAAAACCCUUUCUGGAGUAACCUAAUUAAAGCUGUGGGUUUUCAGCAA